CGUACAUUUGUGGUGCUGCUGCAUGCAGCUGGAGCUGGGUCUGCUGAUCCCUUCGCUUCUCCCUGUAUUAAUUGUAAUCAGCAUUUCCAUAGAUCUUCAUCAGCCUCAGGCAGGAUUCGAUGGCUGCCGCAACUGGCUGUGUGCCCCUUUGUUGCCACAUCCGAUCUGCUGUCUCUCCAGUAGGAAAGAACGUCUGCUCUCAUCGCCCCACGCGCAGCAUUGCUGCUUUCUUGCCCGCUACAAAACGGUCGAAGCAGGUUGCUGGGUGCUCGUCGCUGCGGUUGACGUCAAGCGGACUCUUCUCGCCCGCCCCUGUCAGCAAGGCUGCUCAGCCGCUCCUCGCUCGAGUGUCAAGGGGAUCCCCCGGGGCGCCCAGAGCCAUGGCCGCUGAAGCAGCGUCUGGGUCGGACGUCGAAGCCUUCGCAAAAUCGGACGCUCGGAGGAUGCUGCACGUGGUCUACCGGGUGGGCAACUUGGAGGCGACCAAGAAGUUCUACACGGAGGCGCUGGGCAUGCAGGUGACACGCGAGCGCGACAUCCCCGAGGAGAAGUACACCAACUGCUUCCUGGGCUACGGCCCCGAGACCAGCAAUUUCGUCGUGGAGCUCACCUACAACUACGGCAAGGACAAAUACGACAUCGGGUCCGGGUUCGGCCACUUUGGGAUCGCGGUCGAGGACGUUGCGAAGACUGUGGAGAAGAUUAAGGUGCUCGGGGGGACGGUGACCAGAGAACCGGGGCCGGUGAAGGGAGGCCGCUCCAUCAUCGCGUUUGUCAAGGACCCUGACGGCUACAUGUUCGAGCUGAUCCAGCGUGCGGGCCCCAUUAAGGAGCCAUUCGCGCAGGUGAUGCUGCGCGUGGGUGACAUGGACCGCGCGAUUGAGUUCUACGAGAAGGCGCACGGCAUGAAGCUGCUGCGCAAGUCGGACCGGCCCGAGCAAAAGUAUACGAUCGCCAUGAUGGGCUACGGUCCGGAGGACGAGAGCACGGUCCUGGAGUUGACGUACAACUACGGCGUGACAGAGUACACUAAGGGCGACGCCUACGGCCAAAUUGCGAUUGGAACUGACGACGUGUACAAGACCGGCGAGGCCCUGCGUGCGGCGGGGGCCAAGAUCACCAGGGAGGCUGGGCCCCUGCCGGGACUCAACACGAAGAUUGUCGCAGCGUUGGAUCCCGACGGCUGGAAAACGGUGUUUGUCGACAACGAGGACUUCUUGAAGGAGCUCGAGUAGCUCAAUCUGAGCUCCUUUCAAUUCUGAGCGUUGUAUGUUUGGAUAGAGGGAGUUUUGUAAGAGAAGCUUGCAAUUUUGCUAACAUGUACAUUAGAGGCUUGACAGUCAAUCCGUUGGCGGUAGCUCUAAGUUUCACGCACGGAAAAGGGCAGCUCUGUUGGUCCGAUCACUUGAAGGCUGCAGUGCUGGUUGGUGGACAGCUUGUAGGGCUAAGAACGCCACAAGUCGGCUGCCUGACAAUGAGUUGCUAGUCAAAGCAUCAAGAACAACCUGCCGCACUCUGCAAUUGCGAGUUCGAGUUUGAUCUAGGCCGCCAGGUUGGUUGAAUGAAUUGCAAACUAUUAAGCGCAUCCGAUGGCUAGCCGCCUCGCGCAGCCUAACUCGCGCGCUGUAAAUUGCACAGCCUGAUGAACAUGCCACUGAGGGUGG